AUGGAUUACGUUAGUUUGGGCUGUUGCACGUUGGCCUUCGUGCUGUACAUCAACACACUGAGCGCUGGAUUCGUCUACGAUGACAGACGAGCGAUCCUUGGUAACCCGGACGUGCUCGGCUCGGGCAGCUGGUCUCAGAUGCUGCAGAACGACUUCUGGGGCACACCGAUGGUGGAUUCCGGCUCGCACGGUUCCUACCGUCCGCUGUGCGUGGCCAGCUUUAAGCUCAACUACCUGGUGGACGGGUUCAAACCGUUCGGUUACCACCUGGUCAACGUGCUGCUACAUUCACUCGCGACCGGACUGGUGGUGAAGCUGGCCCGCCACAUCCUUCCGGUGGGCCGGUCGGGGGUGGCCAUCACCGGGCUACUGUUUGCGGCCCAUCCCAUUCACACCGAAGCGGUGGCGGGUGUCGUUGGCCGGGCAGAUCUGACCGGGUGCAUCUUCUACCUGCUGGCACUGCUCGCCUACAUACGUCACGUCCGGUGGCGGCAGUGGGGCGACGGACGGCAGUGGUUGGCACUCGCCGGCACCGUCCUGCUUGCCGGUGCUGCCAUCCUCUGCAAGGAAACGGCCGUGACAGCUUUAGUGGUUUGCGCGAUUUAUGACAUCAUAAAGGGAUACGCCGGAUCCAGAGAUAAGCACCGAGUUCGGAGCCUCAGCAUUAUUGCGCUUUCGUUGGCAUUCUUCCUACACUGCCGGCUGACACUUCCACGGCCAGCCACGUUGUUUUCAAGCGCCGACAAUCCAACCGCCAGAAGUGGUUCCCUGUGGACCAGAUUUCUCACCUUCACCUACCUGCCGGUGGUCAACUUCAAGCUGCUACUGCUGCCGGAUGUGCUCAGCUUCGACUGGGGCAUGGAUGCGAUACCGCGCAUCGGAACAGUGUACGAUCGUAAGGUGGCACUAGCCUGCCUGUUCUAUCUGGUGCUCGGUUGGACGGUGUGGAGUAGCAGCCGUGUUCUGGCCAAGCAAUCUCGCCAAACGUCCAACUCGUCGCCCAAGAGUGCCAACGAUGCUUCCAGCUUCAAUCGGAAGCUAACCAACAAACUUAACCUGCACCGAUUGCGGACGGAGGAAGGAACUCUGCCCGUUGUGCAGCUGGACGUGGACGACCCGAACGGUGCGGUGAGUUGUGCGCUGUGCAAGCACGAUGCCGGACUGCACCAUUCCAGCUCCUGCCGGACGUUGCACAACAACAACGGCAUGUCGUCCAUCAUCUGCGGGUGUGCCUACGCGCCGGAAUACAAAUAUUUAUCACUAGCGCCUUCGUCGCUGGCCAACUACUUCUGCCGGACGGCUACCAGUGCGGGCAAGAGCACGGUACGGCCCAGCAGUAGCGGCACCACCACCAGUAGCAGCAACAAUAACAACAACGACAGUGCCAGCAUCAACUACAACCAGAGCUUCCAGGGAACGGUCGGGAAGAAGUUCGCCUGCCACUGGCCACGAGGUUCGGCCGGUGAGACGUCGAACCUGAACAAGGCGAAAUCAUCCGAGGAGCACACACCGUUCCCGUUCGCUACACUUCUCUCCACAUCCCCAGAGAUAGCGUCCUCGUCCCGCACGCCCUCCCUGUCCUCUUCCUCCUACACCUCUUCGUCCUCCUUCUCCUCAGCUUCAAGUUCCUGUGCAUCGUCCGUCCGGGGCGACAGUGCGGAUGCUUCCCCGGAUGAGGCGAACCUUCGGGACGGGUGCACGUUGCACAACUCGCCCGCUGCCGCAUUGCUAAUGGCCGUCGCGUUACUGACGCUACCCUUCCUGCCGGCCAGCAACCUUCUGUUCUACGUCGGGUUUGUCGUCGCGGAACGAAUCCUCUAUCUGCCGAGCGUUGGCUUCUGUCUGCUGAUCGGGCUCGGUGUGAGUGGUCUGAUUGAUGGUACCGAUGUUGCCCGUGGCCACGGUUCGUCCAGCACGUCCGGCCCAACCAGCGCGACCGGUGGCAAGGCACCGAACUACGGCCGGUGCAACGGUCGUCGGACUGGCCCGUGCUGGGUGGGUUCGGUCGUGCGCAAGUGUGUGAACCUAGUGAGCCGCCGUACAUCCACGGGGAGUGUUUAUGGUGAUGGUGGUGCGGGUUCGGGAGUGCAAGUGGGUGAUGAUGCCAGCGGCAUCAACCGUAUGUCGGUCAACAGUGAUAAUGGCCGGUAUGGCAAAUUCCGCACCAAUGGAAUGGUUCCGACCAGUGCAAGUGUAGCCAGUGGUAGCGGCUCUAGCAAAUCGCCCCGUACGGCCACUGUCGGUAGGAGUGGCCGUUCGAGUGGUCGCAGCACGAAAACAUACGGCCUACGGCGACGACAGUUCGUGCUGGCAUGCGUCGGCUUACUGCUGAUCGCGUACAGUGCAAAAACGGUGCGCCGGAAUCGCGACUGGGUGGACGAGGAAAGCCUGUUCCGGAGUGCGAUCGCAGUCAAUCCCCCGAAAGCACUCGGAAAUUUAGGAAGUGUCCUUAGUGCGCAGGGUCGCUAUCAGGAAGCCAAGGAGGCCCUGAAGGCAGCACUCAGCCAUCGCCCCAACAUGGCGGAUGUACAUUAUAAUCUAGGGAUCUUGCUACAGAACCAGCAAGAUUACAACGAGGCUGUGGAGAGCUUUCGAAAAGCGAUACGCUUUCGACCAUCGCUGGCACUGGCCUAUCUGAACCUUGGGACCUCACUGAUAGCACUGGGCCGCUGCCAGGAAGCGGCCAGCGUACUGCGGGAAGGCACCAAGCUGGACGGUUCCGGGCUGCGGGACCGGGCAGCACACGAGAACGCCCGCAUCAGUGCACUGCUGCAGCUCGGCAAUCUGUACGCCGAUCAGGGAAAACUGCAGCGUGCCCUUGCCGUCUACCGGGAGGCGCUGCACACACUGCCGGAACGAUACCCACCCCAGGGUAUCUACCACCGUUUGGGUGACAUCUUCGCCCGUCUUAACCAAUGGAGCGAAGCGGAACGGUUUCAACGGGCGGCCCUCGAAGCUCAACCGGACCACAUCGCUGCUCAUCUAUCGUAUGGGACGAUGCUGGCACGAAACAGCAGCCGAACAUCUGAGGCGGAACAGUGGUUCCGGAGGGCACUACGGUUAGCACCGAACGAUGCCAGCGUACACCAUCAUUACGCUGAAUUUCUAUCCUCCCAGCGGCGAACGGAGGAAGCGUUCCAGUAUCGGGUAAAAGCGGCCGAACUGGCACCGGAAGAUUACGCACUGGUAAUGGCGGCAGCAUCAAGUCUCCGGUUGCAUGACCGCAAACUCGAAGCCGAACGAUGGUACCGCCAGGCUGUGAAAUUACGACCACAGGAAGCACGGGCCCAUACCAACCUGGGAGCAAUUCUACACCUGCUCGGACGCACACAGGAAGCGGCCAACAGCUAUCGGGAAGCGCUUCGGCUGCAGCCGGACGAUCUGACCACGCUUUCGAAUCUGGCCAAGCUGGGCGUGCCGGCCAUAUCCUGA